CUUGUUGAUCUGUAGCAAAUUCCAAUUGACAAAAAUACCAACUACGGUCCUUAAAAGCAACCGGGCUGUACCAAGCUGCAAGGAAAUGUCAAUAUUUUCCGGACAGCAAACUCAUCAUUCAACAAGACAUCGAUUAGAGCUUCGUGACCCAUGCGCUCAUUUAUUCGCAUGUUGAAAUAAAUUUUUAUGCUGAAAUUUCCGAUUGGUCCCAUUCGUGAUCUACUUGGAGGUUGAGGUACUCGUGUCUUCUGAAGUGACAGGGGAAAUAGGGACGUUGAGAUGGAAAAAUGGCAAGGGAAAGUAGCUAUUGUAACUGGUGCAAGUGCUGGGAUAGGCGCUGCUAUAGCCAAGGCUUUGGUGCAAAAAGGAGUUUUGGUUGCAGGACUGGCAAGGAGGAUAGACCGUAUCGAGGAGCUGUCCAGGACCCUGUCCAUGGAAGAAGCACCCGGUAAACUGUACGGAUUGAAGUGCGACAUCACCAAAGAAGAAGACAUACUGAAAUCGUUCAAAUGGAUCACGGAAAACGUCGGUCCGGUCCAUAUACUCGUCAACAACGCCGGCUUGAUCAAACCCACCAGUUUGACUGAGGGCGCCACUCAAGAUUGGCGUAAGGUUUUCGACGUAAACGUCAUGGCGUUGUGUAUUUGCACCAGGGAGGCGUUGAAAAUAAUGCGGAAAAAUAAGAUUGACGGUCAUAUAAUACAUAUAAACAACAUAGGUGGCCACGUUAUACCUUGUAUACCUAAGGAUGAAUCACUAAUGAAUGUAUAUCCAGCAUCAAAGUUUGCCGUGACUGCUUUAACCGAAUCUUUGAGGCAGGAAUUGAAAAUUCUCAAGAGUAAAACUAAGGUCACUAGCAUCAGUCCUGGGAUGGUCAUUACAUCUGAGUUUCAAAAAAACCUAGGAAGUGCUGCAAGUCUUUAUUACAAAGACGGUCCGACAAUCAAACCGAGUGACGUAGCCGAAGCUGUCAUCUAUUCCCUCUCGACUGGUGAAAACGUUCAGGUUCAAGACCUCAUUAUUCGACCCUUCGGUGAUACGUAAGCAUCGAAUUUCGUGUAGAAAUCGCUGUUAGAUCUCCAUUUCAAUAAAUUUUCCACGCAAACUGUUUUUUUUCGGAUCCUCCAUUUAACGGAUGACCCCCGUA